CGACUUUGGAGAGCCUGGAUAUUAUCCAAUUUUUUCCAUCUGCCACGAGCACGACAGCGGUUUUACUAAGCGGACGGCUGCUAUUGAGCUAGCUACUUACGCAAUCCGGACAACUGAAAAUGGCAUCAGGGUUUGUGUCCGCGGGGACAGACCAAGAACCAGUAGAACGCGACGAGGAGUGGCUUCGCGUACAACAUGAGCUGGAGGAGGAGCGGCAACGAAAGGCCGAGCUGAGCAGGCAAGAUGGCGGGAAAAGCUUGUUUGAAGUUCUCGAACAGAACAAGAUGGCCAAGCAGGAAGCUUUCGAAGAGAAGAUCAAAUUGAAGAAUCAAUUCCGCUCGCUGGAUGAAGAUGAGGUCGACUUCCUUGACUCGAUCAUGGAGUCGACACGCGCCCAGGAAGCCGCCGUCAAAAAGGAGACCAUCGAGCAGCUCGAGGUGUUUCGCCGGCAACGCGAGGAGGCAGAGAAGGCUCUUAUGGAGGACAAUACCGCGGACGUCGUACCGCCAGCUGAGGGGGAAGAAUGGAAGAUACCGGCGCGCAAAAGGCGGCGCGAUAAGAAUAAGAACCUUCUUAUUCCGGGCAAGAAACGAAAGUCCAUGGGCGACGGUGCCGAGGAAGGGGCCCCUGCUAAAGAAUUGAAGUCGGACAAUCAUGCAGAUGAGACCAAGAGAAGCAAUGAAGGUAGCAGGGAGUCAUCCGGAUCCGCCCCGCCCCCGAAGCCUACUGUUCAAGGCGCCACAAGUUCGACACGUCCAGCAAACGAGGCACCAAAGAAGGAAGAGAAGGCAGACUCGGGACAAUCUCAAGCGGAACAAACCUCGCCACCUCCGUCUACUUCUCUUGGCUUAGCUGGCUAUAGUUCCGAUUCGGAGUAA